AUAAAUACCUAAAAAAUAUACCACGUGGUUUUUACUGAAGCGCACGCGUGACAUGUGCGUACUGCUUAACCUCAAAUUAUCACAGUGAAAUGACGAUUUGGUUACUGGUUAGCGGGUUGAAAUUACAAAUAAGUUAUUUUCUUCUUUUAUUUUUAUAAAAAAAAACUAAAUCUGUAGUUAAAUUUUCUCACAAUAUUUUACUUCAGAUGUGUCAGUUUUUAAAUAACUAUUGAUUUAAUAAAUUUCAAUAAAUAAAAUAUAUCUACUCAAUAUUUGCUACGGUUAAUGACAGCAAUUAGUAUUUAUAAAAAAGGGAAGUUAAUCAACGAACGAACAACCUGGAAUAUAUAUUUAAUAAAAUGGACAUCGACGAAUAUGAAUCGUUACCAACAACUUCAGUUGGUGUAAAUAUGACUGCCGGUGCUUCGGCUGGAAUUAUGGAACAUUGUGUCAUGUAUCCAGUUGAUAGUGUUAAGACGAGGAUGCAACAGCUGACACCUGAACCAGGAGGAAGGCACAAUGCACGAACGGUUUUAUUUAAAAUGAUACACCAAGAGGGAUUACGUAGAUCUUUUCGAGGAGUUUCUGUCAUGGUAGCUGGAGCUGGACCGGCUCACGCAUUAUAUUUUUCAUGUUAUGAAAUGCUAAAAAAUCGUAUGAUCACCAGGACAAAUUCACAAGUUAAUUAUCUAGUCUACGGAGCUGCUGGUGCUAUUUCGACACUGCUUCACGAUGGUGUUAUGAACCCUGCGGAAGUUGUUAAACAGCGUUUACAAAUGUACAACUCACCUUAUAGAGAUGUUAUCUCUUGUAUUCGGCAUAUAUAUAAAACCGAAGGGAUAUUUGCGUUUUAUCGUAGUUAUACAACCCAAUUAGCUAUGAAUAUACCAUUUCAAGGCUUACAUUUCAUCGCCUAUGAAUUUGGACAGUCUUUAAUGAAUCCAGACCAUGUUUACAAUCCAAUAGCACACGUUGUUUCUGGUGCUAUGGCUGGAGCUUCUGCUGCAGCGGCAACGACUCCUUUGGACGUCUGUAAAACGGUCCUUAAUACACAACAAAAUGGAGUUAAACCUCAAGGAAUGGUUCAAGCUAUUCAAAUAGUAUACAAUUACGCGGGUAUACCUGGGUUUUUCCGUGGUUUGAGUGCGCGGAUUUGUUACCAAAUACCAGCUACUGCAAUUUGUUGGUCAACAUAUGAGUUCUUCAAAUAUUUCUUAGCAGGCAAGAAGCAUGAUGAUCCUUGUCCAAUUACAGAACCAGAAACAUUUAACACAUCAGUGCAACAUCAAUUACAGGUGUCGCGAACUAACAAUCCGACUAGUUUUCCAGGGACAGUGUUAUUUAAUAACAAAUCUUCAGGACCCGUGUUACUUGACGUAACACAAAGUUAGAUAGUUAUACGAUAUUUUAAUACUAAUGUCUCGUUUUGCAAAGAAAAAAAAACAAAAAAAAUGAACAUUUUACCAUCGUUAAAUUUUAUAAUUAAAAAGAGUUUAUUAAUUGAUAUUUUGUUAAACAAAAUUGUAGUAAAACAAAUUGGGUAAACAUCACAUUAACAACAAUUUUCUGUUGCUGAAAAUUGAAAAAUAAAAAAAAAGUCAAUGUUAGUUAUGAAUUGGUGAUCAAAAAAACGACUGAUGAGUAUGUGCAGGUCACUGUCUCAAAAAAUUAUUAUUAAUAUUAUUGUUUUUUUAAUUGCAAAUAUAUGUGUAUGGAGCCAUCAAGUAUUCUGUU